AUGUUAGACUUUUCUUCCAAUACUAUUAAUACUCGUCAAGACAUCAUUAUUAAUUCUAAUAGUAAUAGGUUUUCUUCACCUACUUCAUAUUCUUCUUCCAAUACUAUUAUUAAUUCUUCUACUACAAGGCCUACAACAAAUAAUUUCUCUUCCAACACCAAUUCUUCCUUUGCUCCCAAGAAUUCUCGUAGAAAAUCUUCUAUUUCUUAUAAAAAACAACAAACAAUUUUGGAAUCUCCAACAAAUGAAGCCAAAGACGGGGAUUUGGAUUUGAAUAAUGCAGCGAAUGAAUUAAAGGUACAAAAGAGAAGAAUUUACGAUAUCACAAAUGUAUUGGAAGGAAUUGGUUUAAUAGAGAAAAAUUCAAAAAAUCAUGUUCGUUGGAAAUUGGCAGAACUUCGAAUGGCUAAUGCAAAUCUUGAAUCUGUACGAAAAGAACUUUUAAAGGCUGAAAAGGAAGUGGAUGUAAAUAUUUAUGAAUCAGAGGAAUUUUCGAGAUUAGCAUUUGUUUAUGAAUCAGAAAUCAAAAACAUUCUUUCAAAUCACGGAGAUAUUUUAAUUGUUGUUAGAGCUAUAUCUGGGAAUGCUGGUCAAUUCCCUGAAUUAAAUAGCCAGCCAAAUCAAUCAUCCUCCUCUUCAUCUUCAUCUUAUCAAAUUCAAAUACGUAAUCCCAACAAUCAACAAAUUUAUUUAAGCCCGCCGAUUAACAUUCACGAAGAGAUGUCACCUUUCCGAUUUAAUAUUUCAAUUCCACCUCCUUUUCCUCAUCCAUCUACUACUCCAACACCGCCAGAAGAAGAAAAUUAUGAAUUGCGUGAUACGAAUGCUGAUAGUGAAGGUGGUGGAAGUGGGGGGAAUCGUGAUUUGAUUCCUAAUAAUAUGUUUGGACGUGAUUUAAGUCAGAAGACGAUGAGGGAGGGUGGUGGUUAUCGACCAUAA